CAGCUCGUUGCUAUAAAUAUGUAUACGGUGUCUAGACGAACUAGUUGUUUUUCAAUUUGAACCCCUUUAGAUUUGAAUAGUAUGUAGGUUGUUUAUUUGAUUUAAAUCAUUCAAAGUCCAACGUGCACUUCACUGUCUCCAGAGUAGAGGCACAGUUAAACUGCCUGUUACAUACAGCUCCACACUAGGGAUGAGCAAACGCUCAGAAAUUAGCCCAAAGUUUGCCUUUUUUAGUCCUCUGACCAAAGUGUCCAGCCAAGAGUCAAACAUCUCUACAGCCAGUGACCAGGAGGGGAUCGGUAAACAGAAAAAGCACAAGAAAAAGAAAAGCUCAGAGAAAAGUGAAAAGACAUCAUUGAAGUCUGGGUCUUCUGGUAUUCAACCCAUUACUUCCUCUGAAGACAGCGAUGAAGUGCUACGGAACCCAAAGGUACAAGUGCCAGUAAAAAAGGUUCCCACCAAACCAUUAGUUGAGGAACAGACAAAGGAAAACCUUCACAUUAUUUCAUCAUCUUCUUCAAGUGAAAGUGAAGAGGGAGACCAAACUCAAAUGCUGUCUGGAAAAUCAGAAACAUCGAAACGCAAGAGGCAGAUGCCAUCUGCACCACUGCAUUCUGGGAAGUCUGCCAGUCAACCUAUGGCCUCUACAUCAGAGAGUGACACUGAGCUCCCAAAUUCUAAAUUUGCCACUCCAAAGACAAAGAAAAUCAAAACUGAAUCACAAGCUAAAAUCACUGCCUAUUUGAGCCCAAAAUCAGCUCUCAGGGAAAAAGCUUCACCCAAGAAAAAAAAAGAAAACAAUAAGGCUGAGAAUGUUUUAAAACCUAAUAAUGAGCCACAGUCAGAUGUUGAUCAGGACUUGUCAGAUCUUGCUAAGAAAAUUGCAGAUGAUUCCCAGUUUUCAGAUGCUGCAAGUGAGGUUUCAUUUUCUCUGCAUGGUUCACCAAGGAAAGCACACUUACCUAAGAAAAGGUUCAUGGAAAACAUUGUAACUAGUCCGGCUAAGUUUAAAAAAGUGAUGCCAACCUCUGAUUCUCUUAAUGAUGUGGAAACAGCAAAAAAGAACAUAAGUGAUAGCCCAAGCAAAGCAAAGAAAAAGAAAAAAGAGAAAGGUGACAAAAACAAAAAUAAGCUAGAUGACACUCUGUCUGCUGUUUUUAAAAGUCCAAGUAAAACUAAAAAAGGUGCCAUUGAAGGGAGAAAUACAGAAAAUCAUGAAACUAAUGGUGUACGUAAAGCACAGAAGUCUGUAAUCAGCAGUGAAUUUUCAGCAAACCAACAUGAAUUGGACAUUUCAGUCUCAUUAAAUAAUGAGAACCCUGACAUCUCGCAAACUAAUGACCAUGAGAUGUCUUCAGAUGCAGAAGAGUGGCCAAGAUUGAAUGAGACUGACUCUGCGGUCUUAGACAAGUCGAGAAAAAGGAGGCUUCCUGUUUCUGGGAGUAAAGACCAUAAAGGGUCUUCAGAUGACUCUGAGGAAGAAGUGCAGCCGUCACAGAAGUGUUCUCCAGCAGGGAAGGCAGGGAGUGGGAUGGGUAGUCCCAGUAAAAGUGCCUCCAAAGUACAGGAUAUGUCAGAGAGCAGUGACAGUGAGGUGGAGGUUCCUGAUGUACAGGGUACACCAGCGCCAUCUGGUGGCAAGAAAAGACAACUCAGGUUUGCAGUCCCUGAGGAUAUGACAGAGUUUGAUUUUACUCCCAGUAAACACAGAAUUUAUCUCGAAGAUGUGAUGAAGGAGGGAAAAGAGCUUUGGUUGAUACAGACUCCAGUAGAUUUUGAUGUCAGUCAGAUGGAUGGCCAGGGUGUUAUACUAAAUGGGUCACAACCCUUGAAGAAUGGAGAUAAGGCAAGCCGAGGAUUUGUUGUACUUGAAAGAACAUAUGAAGUUUUAUCAUGCAGAGAUGACAGUCUUUCAACUUCCAACCUGAACCUCCUGUUGCCAAGGAAAGCUGACCAGAAACUGAAAACAGGUCUUCCAUUCUCCGGCCGUAUGACCAUUGUGGAGACAGUCCAAGUGCCCAGUGUCCAGAUCCCAGAACCAGUGGUCAGGAACUAUGACCUUCCACCUGGGCUGAGGCAGAGAUUUCAGCCAUUUGGAUCAGAUUCACCAGUGGAAAUGGUGUGCAGUGUGCAUUCAGAACUGAAAAAGACUGAAAAGAAGAAGAAAAAGAAGAAAAAAGCAAAGGAAAGAGAAGUUGCAGAGGAUGCAAACAAGACUGGAGCUCUCACCAACAGUGUUGAUGCAGGGACAGAAUAUAACCAGGGAGAUGCCAAGCCCCAUAAGCACAGUAAAAAGAAGAAGAAAAAAGAGAAAAAGAAACACAAGAAAAACAAAGAUUAGAAUUGAACAGUAAAGAAGAGUAAGGAGUGACUUCAACCAUCUCUAUAUGCUAAAGCAAAUUAUGAACUCUACAAAUUCCACAGUCCAAAUUACUAGCUAAUGGAAACAUAUGCUCCAGUUUUAGAAUUAUAUUGAAGAAAUUUGUGUUAGAGGAUGUGAACCAUUGUAGUUGGAAGAAAUCCUGAGCAAUCAGAAGAAACUCUACGUAUGUUGCAAUGAAAAUGAAAUGGUUUUGUUAAUCUUACGUACAUGCUAGGAUCCUUCAAACAAUGGGUCCUAGAUUCGAGCCUUCUUUUAUCGAUUUACAGUUGAGCUUAUGGAAGUGUACUGUAAAAUAUCUUCAGUACUUUACAGUUUUCCUGUGGUUUACUUACAGGUUUCUGUGAUCCAAAGUUUUUUUUUUCUUCAUUUUGAAAAUAAAACAAAUGAUGACAAAACCAA